ACCCUCGCCAGUCCCAGUCGUCUCCUCCCUGGUCCUAUGAGCAGUCCUACCCGUCCUACCUGAGUCCCAUGACAUCCCCGUCUGUCCACUCCACGACGCCCCUCUCCUCCAGCCGAGCCACCGGCCUGCCCAACAUCACUGACCCGCCCCGCCGUCUACCAGAUCUCAGUCCGUUCCCAGGCCAGUUUGAUCGUCAGUUCCCGGGUCUCCCCUCUCUGACGGAGUCUCGUUUUUCCAGUCCCAGAAUGCACUACCCCACCACCUUCACCUACACCCCUCCCGUCACCGCCGCCAUGUCGCUAGGCUCCGCCCACUACCACACCUACCUGCCCCCUCCCUACCCCGGUUCCGCCCAAAGUCAGAGUGGACCUUUCCAAACCAGCAGUACUCCCUAUCUUUACUAUGGAGCCUCCUCUGGGUCGUACCAGUUCUCCAUGCUUCCCGGGGGGGACCGCUCCCCCUCCAGGAUGGUUCCUCCCUGCACCAGCGCCUCCACAGGCAGCUCCCUGGCUAACCCUAACCUGCCCAGCCAAGGUGGGGGCGAGGGGGCGGUGGAGGGGGAUGGGAGUCACAGCAACUCCCCCACUGUACUCAACCCUGCUGGGGGGCGCAUGGACGAAGCUGUCUGGAGACCCUACUGAGGAGGAGAGGAGGAGGAGUUGGAAGAGAUGAAGGAGGCGGAACAGGAGGAGGAAGAAGAAGAGGAGGAAGAUGAAGAGGAGGAGGAGGAGGAGGAAAGGAGAGGAGGCCCGAAGAAAGUAGGUGUGACAACUUAACUGAUGUCAUGGUUUUUAAAGCACAAAACCUUUAAAAGGGAGUUGUUGAGUUGUGAUGAAUAAACACCAGUGUCUCCUGCACCUGGGAAUAUACUCUGAGAUAAAAUAACCAAAGAAACAAAGGGAAUGACUAGUAUGAACCUGUCUGGAGGAAUGUGUUGUGGCCAGACAGACACUACAAAGGGAUCUCGUCUCUUCUCAGCAUCAAUGAGACACAAACAUGAACAAUUAUGGUAGACUGCAGGCCUCAGUGGAGAAGACAUUAUAAUACUAAAGUAUUACCACAUAGUAUGAUAGUACUACAAUACUAUUAUAUAGUAC